GCUGUCCCAGCCUACUGUUCUUAUUUUUUCAGUUAAAAUUUGUUAUUAUUAAUUUCAUUUUAUUAUGAUGAUUUACUAUUAGGAGAUUUUGCAAUAAAGAACAGUGUUGCUAACAGAAAAUAAUCUCAUGGAAGAGAAAAAGGUUAAUUUGAUUGAGGACUUUGUCACCAAUGAUAGUAUUUACAUCAUAGACUCCAAAGAUGUUAAAAGGGAAAACCAAUCACUUUUAGAUGAUCUGGUUACCUUUGAAAAAGUACAGAGUUCUGUUGUUCAAAAAAAUACUGAAGAAGGAAAUCAUAAUGAAGAACAUAGAAACGAUUGUUGGGUUGGCCGCGAAACCUCCAAUACGCGUAUUUCCAAUGAUUUUAUUGAGUUGAGUGAUUCUGAUGGAGGGUCUGGGCGUUACCAAGGCAAUACAGACAUUAAGGAAGAAGAAGAAGAAGAGAAGCAUUGCCUGGAUGAUUUUUAUGUUGAAACCGAAUUUGAAAUCAACAAUACUGAUGAAGAUUGUGACAAUUCUGAUGAUGGAGGUAAAAUUGAAGAUUUUUCUUGCAAUAUCAAGGAAGAAAAAAGGGGUGGCGACUUUUCCGAAGAAGACGAUAAAAUUUUGUCGCACAAUGAAGAUGAUGAAGGAAAAAAUGAGGGUGAAGGUACGUUUGAGACGAAAAUCGAGGUUGAAUAUCACGGGGUUCAAAACGAAGAUAUGACCGGCAAAGAAAAUUUGUUUAAGUGCAACGUUUGUCCCAAGCAAUACCAAACAAAGGAGAGUUUAUUGUACCAUAAAAAGUACACUCAUAGAAAAUUUAAAUGCGACAAAUGCGAUUACGAAACAGUGGACAAUAGUAAUUUAAAAAAACACUCGAAAAUACACGACAAGAGUAAAUAUUUCAAAUGCAAAUUUUGCGCGUAUAUUGCCGCCGAAUUGAAGUGUUUAAACUGCCACAUUCUAACCAAACACAAAUCGGAAAAUAAAGGAGAGAAUAAAAUAAAAAUAACAAAUAAAAUUUAUCAGUGUCCCAAAUGUCCACAUUCAACUGUUAUUAAAACAAGUCAUGAUCAGCACAUUAAAGUAUGUUUAAAUUUGAAAAACGUACAAUGGUAUAAAUGCGAAUUUUGCCCCUAUAAAAAUGUCACAAAAAAUUACACGGAAAGGCAUAUGAAAACUCACAAAAAAAUACAAGAUUUUAAAUGUUUAUUUUGUAAAUAUCAAAGCAUUACCAAACAAGGUGUAGACAGUCACAUGUUAAGUAAACAUCCGCAUUUAUUAAACGAAUCUAAUACAAAUUUAAUCACUGUGAAUACAAAAAUGCACAUUUAAGUUCAAUAAAAAGGCAUUUAAGGACUAUUCAUGAAGUUAUUUAAUAAAUUAUUAUAAAUUUUUAAAUUAUUUUUUAUUUACCCUACUUUUCUGUUAACAAGCUAAGGAAGGAAUGCCG